AUGUCUAUGAUGGGAGAGCUGACUUAUUUUCUUGGUCUUCAAGUCAAGCAAGCCAAAAAUGGAAUUUUCAUUCACCAAUCCAAGUACUGCACUGAUCUGUUGAAGAAAUUCAAAAUGUUGGAUUGCAAGGAGGCUACAACCCAUAUGGCAACAAAUUGCUACUUGGAUCUUGAUGAAGCUGGUAAGGAUGUUGAUCAAAAGAUGUAUGGAGGUAUGAUCAGAUCUUUACUAUAUCUAACUACCAGUAGACUUGAUAUAAUGCACAAUAUGUGUCUUUGUGCUAGAUUUCAGUCUUCCCCUAAAGAAUCACACUUAAUUGCGGUUAAAAGAAUUUUAAAAUACCUUAAAGGAACCAAAAGUCUUAGACUAUGGUAUCCAAAUGGAACAAAUGUUUUUUUGGAAGGAUAUAGUGAUUAUGACUUUGGAGGCUGUAAGCUAGAUAGAAAGAGCACUGGUGGCACUUGUCAUCUACUUGGAUCUUCGUUAGUCUCUUGGUAUUCAAAGAAACAAGCUUGUGUGACAUUAUCUACCAUAGGAGCUGAGUACAUAACAGCUAGAAGCUAUUGUGCACAAUCUCUUUGGAUUAAGAGUCAAUUAGAAGAUUAUGGUAUUGUAUUAGAUCAUAUUCCUUUAAAAUGUGACAACACAAGUGCUAUUAAUCUGGCAAAAAUCCUGUUCUUCAUUCGAAAACCAAGCAUAUUGAAAUAA